GUUUAUUGUAUACACAUGUUAUGUUAUGAUUAAUAUUCGUGGAGCGAUAUUUAGUAUAAAUAUUAUAAAAAAAUGUUAUUCAUCACCAUCUGUUCAGUCUUUUUUGCCUCAUUUCACCUUACAAAAUAGUUAUGCAAUCUCUUUUCUAAAAUUACGUUGUUACAGUAGAAAGAGCGAAGAAAUGUCUGAAUCUCACGAUUCUCAGUCUCCACAUCAUUCAGUACAUGUUGACUCUCACUCGUUUCAUUUUCAGUCGUCUUUUCCAAGUUCUUGCGAUUCUGAUAGUUGUGUAACUGCAAAUGUAGAUGGAUUAAACAAGAAUGCUCCAUCGACAUUAAACAAUUCUACUAUGGAUAACAAUCGAAAUUACUGUACUAGUACCAGUAGUAUUGAAUCCAAUGUUAGCAGUAAUUUAACGCCAGUUGUUAUGGAUGAAGUACCAUAUAGAACGAUCACUGAAGGAAAAGCUGAAGUAUUAUUUCCAACUACACAUGACGUUUUUUAUAAUCCAGUUCAAGAGUUUAACAGAGACAUGAGUGUUGCUGUUAUAAAGACAUACGUGAAAGCAUGCAGUCAAAGUACUGGGACAAAAUGUGGAAUUGUAGAAAAUCAGUCUGAGCAGGAAUUAGAUAGUGUUCAUACAGCAGCAAAUAAAAAAGUAUUUCAGGGAGAAAUAAGGGUGUUAGAGGCCUUGGCUGCAUCUGGCCUAAGAUCUGUACGAUAUGCAAUGGAAGUACCUAAUCUGACUCAGAUUAUUGCAAAUGAUGUCUCUCAUCAGGCUGUAGAAAGCAUGAAGAGAAAUAUCAAACACAAUAAACUAGAAGGAAUUAUUAUCCCAAGCAAAGAAGAAGCUGCGUUGUUGAUGUACCAACAUCGUUCCUUUAGCAGAAGGUUUCAUGUUGUCGAUUUAGAUCCAUAUGGUAGUCCCUGCCAAUUUUUGGAUGCUGCUGUCCAGGCUGUACAUGAUGGAGGGUUAUUGUUGGUGACGUGUACUGACAUGGCUGUUCUGUGUGGAAAUAGUAGUGAGACCUGUCGAGCCAAAUAUGGAGCUGUGUCUUUAAAGAUGAAGAGUAGUCAUGAAAUGGCUCUACGGAUAGUUUUACAAACCAUUGAGAGCCAUGCCAAUCGUUAUGGGCGAUAUAUUGUUCCCUUGCUUUCCCUUAGUGCUGACUUUUAUGUGCGAGUUUUUGUUAAAAUCCAUACCAGUCCAACAAUAGUGAAGCAAAGCACAAGCAAACUAGCUAUGGUGUUUCUAUGUUCUGGAUGUGAAACAUAUAAUCUUCAAUACUUGGGAAAGUGUAUAGAAAAGGAAAAGGGUUUCAAGUUUUCUCCUGGGGAUGGACCACCAGUAGAGAGGUUGUGUCUGCAAUGUCAACACAAACAUCAGAUAGGUGGACCAAUAUGGGCAGCAAACCUGCAUGACAAACAUUUUCUGUCAUCUAUGUUACAGCAAAUUGGAAAUGAAGAACACAGCUAUGGAACAGCAAAGAGGAUGAUUGGAAUUUUGAAUGUAAUUUUAGAAGAACUAGAAGAUUGUCCAUUGUAUUAUAGUCUGGAUAGGUUGUGUGCUGUUGUCCAUUGUAUUACUCCCAGCUUGUUGCAAUUCAGGUCAGCCAUUCUAAAUGCUGGUUACAAGGUUUCACUUUCCCAUACAAACAGAACAUCUAUCAAGACUGAUGCUCCAGCAAGCAUAUUGUGGGAUAUUAUUAGAGAGUGGACAAAGCAACAUCCUGUGAAAAGGAAACUUGAAGAAGGAAGCCCUGCUAAAGUGAUUCUUAGCAAGGAACCAAGCAUUAAAGUCUCCUUUAAAGUCAGACAUGAUGCAAACCCUAUCUCAAGACAACAAAGUCUCUUACGUUUCCAGGUCAAUCCAGAACCUCAUUGGGGGCCUAAAGCACGGGCCAAAGCAAGCUUGUGUUUGAAUGAACAAAUAGAAAAACAAUGGAGGAAGCAGGGGAAAAAAAUAAAAAUGAAGGAUGAUCAUCUCAAGGAAUAUCCUUGUAAAAAGAUUAAAAUGGGAGAAUGUACCUUUGGAGAUCAGUGCAAAUAUUCUCAUGAACUUGAAGAAAAGGAACAUCAAACAAAAUGUGAGAUAAAGGAGAAUGACUCAAGUCCUUGCACAACGUCUGUCAAAGAGCCAUGUUAAUAUUAUUGGAAGUUUCAAGAGACUUUCAACUGAUUACGUUUGUACUGAUUUAUGUCUGCAACUUGUAGAGACAAUUAAAGUGUGAUCAAAUAAUAUGUAUGACAUGUACCAGGAGGACUUCUUUUGGCAUAAAUUGCAAAUAAAUUAUAAAAAACAAUAA